CUUCACCAAUAAUUAAUCAACGGCGGCUCCAUCUCUACCUUUGUAACAUGUCUGGUUCGGAGUUGAGAAUUAAGAAGUAUCAUGGAGUCGUCUGCCUCCGCCUCCGUUCAACCGUCCUGGGGAGUGAAACCCAAUCACUCAAGCAUUGCGGACUAUAUCCCGUUAGGCUGUUUAUGCCUCUUUCCAAGUGGCCACACUAGUCAAAGAGGCAAUCGAGUAUGGCUUGAAGUCCUUACUUGCGACUCUUUUUUACCCCCCGAUCUUCAUUUUGUAGUGAAGCUCCAUGCCGCUCGAUGGAUCAAGCUCUUCCGGCAAGAAUACGAUGAAAACAUAUGCUUGCGAGUGUAUCUCCUACCUGACGAUAUUCGCCUAUCAAGCGUGGAUAGACAGAGCAAGACGCUGAGAGCAGACUUGGGGCAUUUAUGCUCGAGACUUGACACAAGCAUCGAGGCUUGGAAUGGAAGCCCAAACCCUGCCACGUGCAAAAAGUUUGACCUUUGGGCAACUGGAGUCAACCGCUCCCUGUUCUGGCUUUUCAAUUCGCUGCCUUCGCCAAAUCCAAAUCCGUAUCGGAUUCCGGAUCGGUACUCGAGGAGUGCCGCCGAAAACGUGCUGUCAAAAUCUGGAGUCCCUUGCUCCUCUGGUACUCCGUCGUCGGACUCUGUCGAGAGCAUACCUGAUCUAAAGGCAACACUCUACCCGUACCAAGCAAGAACAGCUGCUGCAAUGAUUGAACGAGAGACGCUGCCAAGUACAAAUCUAGACCCUCGCUUUGAGGAGCGCACGUGUCCGACUGGUUCAAAAUACUAUUACAAUCCACGAGCUUUGCAAUUCCGUUUGUCGCCUCCUCAGUAUGAGGGGAGUAGAGGAGGGAUACUCGCAGAGAGUAUGGGAGUAGGCAAGACUGUCAUCAUUAUUGCGCUAAUUCUAGCUACGAGAUAUCAUCUACCACGCAUCCCACCACAAUACUCAACGUCGACCACAACUCGACCCAGAAUUUGUCGAUUGGCGGAUAUGGUCAUUGCAUGCGCAGGGAGAUCAAAUGUUCCGCUCAAAUCGCAUAUGCAUUUUUUUCGCCGAGGUUUGUACCCUCAUCUUGAGGCCAAGAUUGAUGCUAUUCCUACAACAUAUGAGAUUCCAUAUUCGACGAGGCGGUCGAGCAGGACGAGCAUCGUUGUUCCGCCACCGAAGAGAGUCCGACUUUGCUCGACCUCUAUCGUGGUAGUACCUCGAAAUUUAUUCCGACAGUGGCAGGCUGAAUUGAACAAGCACGCCAAUCUGUCGUCUGGAGGCUUGCGAGUUCUAUUUCUCGAGAAGAGCAAAGACCGUUUGCCUGAUGCCGAUGAGAUUGCAACUUACGACAUCCUCCUUUUCAGCAAAACAAGGUUUGAGCAGGAAGCAAAAGACGGCCAGGAUGACAAGGGCAGGACCACUUCAAAUGUCCGAGCUGGCUGCCAGUGUCCUUACAUAGGAGCAACUCGAAUCAGAGAUUGCAGUUGUCUUCGUCCCGAAGAUAUCUAUCAAUCUCCCCUGAAAAAGCUGCAUUUUCUGCGCAUAGUCAUUGAUGAAGGUCACGAGUUUACGUCUUCAUCAUCCAAUGCCGUCAGAGUUGCGACGACUUUGGUCCAAGCCGAACGAAGGUGGAUAGUCUCCGGAACUCCAGCCAAGGAACGCCUUUUUGGGGUGGAUGUUGAACUGGCUGGGAAUUUGUUCGCAAAUGAUGAGGAACAGAUGCCUGAGUUCACUCCGGUUCAUUCGGGACGCUUUGGACUCGCCUUACAGAGUCGCAAAAGCUACAUUCGACAAGAGGAACUGAACGGAGCUUCAAAGUCGAUUGGUGUUUUGCUUUCAAACUUCCUCCAAGUCCGACCAUGGGCUGGGAAUGAACUGGAGCCUAAAUCAGAGUGGGAAGACUUUGCAUUUCGACAUGAGACUUUCAAGGGCAGAACACAUUCAGCAUUUUCGCAGUGCAUGGUCUCUACGCUUAACACAUUGGUCUUGAAGACAAGACCAGAGGAUAUCGAGCGAGACGUGCUUCUUCCACCCCUGCACGCUUCUGUGAAGAUGUUGAAGCCGUGUUAUUACGAUAUUAUCACUCUCAAUCUUUUCAACUUCUUCAUAUUGGCUAACGCUGUCACGAGCGAACGGACGGACGUGGACUACCUUUUCCACAAGAACAGCACAGCGUCUAGACAUUCGUUAGUUCGAAAUCUUAGAGCCUCACCCUUCUUUUGGACAGGUUGGACGGAAAGUGACGUCGUCUCGGCAAUAGGACAUUCCGAGAGAUAUUUAUGCAAAGAAGGCACCUCGUGCUCCAUGGAAGAUCGCGAGCAGUUAUCAGAAGGCAUAAGAUUCGCAAGAAGGGUGCUGGAAAGUCCAGGAUGGAAGGCUAUGUCUCAGACGCACGAAAUAGCUUUGUAUGUUGAGAAUUGGCCAGACGAGUAUCGUGAACCUUGGUCGUUGGAUGGAGGCAGUGAUCCAAUAAUGGUUGGAGCUAGUCAGCUUCAUGCAGCGCAAAGGUUCGUGAACGAGAAACUAUUUGACCCAAAUCCUAUUGAAAAUCUCGCCGCGCUUGGCAGCGUUGAACGGAAAAAGGCUUUUACCGUUGAAGAGGAUGAAAGGAGGACAAAGGCCAAGGAAGGCACAAUGACUAAGAUGGGCGUUCCGGUGUCCGGCAUGCGCGAGAAACAGUUCGACAGUCGACAGCAUGCUUCUCCUAAAAAAGGUCUAUCAAAGACCGUAAAAGUUUCCGAUGUCCAGGGUGCCGAUGAUCUUGUUGAGACAAAUUUCAAACGUAAACGGUUGAACGCAUUUGAUGAUCGAGAGCUACCGUCCGACUCGCCUUUAGCAGCAGCGUCGGUCAUAGGCACAGUCUCAAGCAAGCUCUCAUAUCUUCUGGGACGGGUGAUUGAGUUGCAUGUUGACGAGAAGAUUUUGAUCUUCUAUGACGCUGACAACGCAGCGUGGUACAUCUCGCAGGUGCUAGAUCUUUUCCACGUAAAGCAUCUCAUUUACGCACGCCAUCUCAAUGUUGAGCAGCGUUCGAAGUAUAUUGUGGCCUUCGACACAGAUGACAGCAUCAGAGUACUUCUCAUGGAUAUCACACAUGGAGCUUGGGGUCUCAACGUCAACAAGGCGUCUCGUGUAUUCUUCCUCAAUCCACCUAUGUCGCCGCAUACAGAAGCCCAAGCCAUAAAACGUGCACAUCGAAUCGGACAGACUAAAGCUGUGUAUGUUGAGACACUGGUCCUGGAGGGUACCAUCGAGGAAGCUAUGUUCAAGCGCAGCAAGGCCAUGACGAGAGAAGAGCAUGACAAUGCGGGAAAGGAAAUUUCGAAUGAUUCUGGUGUGGCUAAGAUCAUCCAAUCGGCUAGGAGCAUACCACUGCCGGAUGAUGCUCGAACAGCAAAGUCGCACAUGGCUCCGCUUAAAGUACCAUUGCAGGUCUUUGGACGAAAGGGUCGACACGACAUCAAGAUCAAGGGCAUUGAUGCGGAAGAGGGUGAAGACCAAGCUCGACCGAAACGCAAGAAGGCGAAAAAGUCGGGGUUCACCAGCCCUGAAACAGAACGAAGCGAGAGUAUGAGUUUGAGCGAAUCAACAGCACUGCAGCCUUCUCUAAAUCUUGGAAGUAUAUUCGGGUAGAUGCCGCAUGGUCCAUACUCUAGUUCUAGUUUUGGACGCGGCCAGGAGUUCUCGGAAACACGCACUUAGUUUCGCGGCCUCUUGACUCUAUCAUAGAAGGAUACCCAAGCAAAUUCUUAAUCUUAGAAAUAGCUUUCAGUGUCGCAUGCUUCCAAUUAUUUCUUCACCUCCUCUCAUCGAGAAUGAAUCCAUGACGA